AUGGUUCGCCAGGUCUUUCAAGCCGUUGCCGCGGCCCUGCUGCUGCGCUCCACCGCCGCCAUUGAGCCGCCUCGCCCGCCGUACCAGCCCGUCGGAGGCGGCGACCGACUGGUCACGUGGAACGAGACGGUCGCCUCGCCGCGUUUUGGCGCUAGCUCCCGCUCCGUUAGCUGGCUGUCCGGCACCCAAGACGGUAGUUUCAUCACGCUCGCCGACGGCCUCGUCAUCGAGCACAUUGUCUCGGGCGCCAACGAGACUUUCGUUGCCGCCGACAAGAUCCCCGUCCAUCACGACUACUGGAUCCGGCCUGACCUCAAGAAGGUCCUCUUCGCCACAAACUACACCAAGCAGUACCGCCAUUCCUACUUCGCUGACUACUCCAUCCUCGACGUGGAAUCCGGCGUGCUCGAGCCUCUGGUGGCUGAUCAAGUAGGCGACAUUCAAUACGCCGAGUUUGCCCCCGUCGGCGAUGCCAUUGUUUUCGUUCGCAACAAUAACCUGUUCCUCAGCAAGAAUGGCACCAUCUCCCAGAUCACAGACGACGGCGGCCCGGACAUGUUCCACGGCGUGCCCGACUGGGUGUACGAAGAGGAAAUAUUCGGUGAUAGAAGCACCCUGUGGUUCUCCCCUGACGGAGAGUACCUAGCCUACCUCAGCUUCAACGAGACGGGCGUCGAAACUUUCACCAUCCCCUACUUCAUGGACAAACAGAAGGUCGCGCCCCCCUACCCCGUCGAGCUCGACCUGCGGUACCCCAAGGUCGGCAGCAAGAACCCCACCGUCGCCCUGACCCUCUUGGACCUCGAGACGCAAGAGACGACGCCCGUCGCCAUCGACGCCUUCCCCGCCAACGACCUCGUUGUCGGCGAGGUCAAAUGGCUGACCGCCGACCACGGCAGCGUGGUCUACCGCGCCUUCAAUCGCGUCCAAGACCAGGAGAAGCUCGUCCGCAUCGACGUCGAGGCCUCCGCCUCCAAGGUCAUCCGCGAGCGCGACGGCUCCGACGGCUGGCUCGACAACAACCUAGGAAUCCAGUACAUCGGGCCCCUGCAGAACUCCACCGACGCCUACUACCUCGAUCUCUCAGACGAGUCUGGCUGGAAUCAUCUGUAUCUCUACCCGACCAACGGCGGAAGCCCCAUUGCCCUGACCAGCGGCGAGUGGGAGGUCUCCUCCGUGCUCAAGGUCGACACGAAGCGGCAACUCAUCUACUACCUCUCCACCGAGCACCACAGCACCGAGCGCCACCUCUACUCCGUCUCCUACCCCUCCGGGCUCAAGAAGGCGCUCGUCGACGACACCGUCGCCGGAUACUGGAGCGCCUCCUUCUCCUCCUCAGCCGGCUACUACAUCCUGACCUACCAGGGCCCCAAUGUCCCCUACCAGGAGCUCUACGCCAUCAACUCCACCCAGCCCGUCCGGACUAUUACCAGCAACGAGGACCUCGUGUCCCGCCUGCAGGAGUACAAGCUGCCCAACAUCACUUACUUCGAGCUCCAGCACCCCGACGGCUACAGCCUCAACGCGAUGCAGCGACUGCCCGCCAACUUCGACCCUUCCAAGAAGUACCCGGCCCUGUUUACGCCUUAUGGCGGCCCUGGAGCCCAGGAGGUCACGAAGCGCUACCAGUCCAUCAACUGGCGUGCCUUCAUCGCCUCGGACCCCGAGCUCGAAUACAUCACCUACACCGUCGACAACCGCGGCACCGGCUACAAGGGUCGCGCAUUCCGCUCCACUGUCGCCGGCCACCUUGGCCGCCUCGAGCCCCUCGACCAGAUCUGGGCCGCCGAGCAGCUGGCGGAGCGCAACGCCUUUGUCGACGCUAGCAAGAUCGGCAUCUUCGGCUGGUCCUACGGCGGCUACCUCUCCGCCAAGGUCCUCGAGGCCGACUCGGGCGUCUUCUCGUCCGGCCUCAUCGUCGCCCCCGUCAGCGACUGGCGCUUCUACGACUCGCUCUACACCGAGCGCUACAUGAAGACGCUGGCCGACAACGAGGACGGCUACAACGAGACGGCCGUCCGCAACCCCGACGGCUUCAAGAACCUGGCCGGGGAGUUCACUAUCCUUCACGGCACCGGCGACGACAACGUCCACUACCAAAACACCGCCGCCCUUAUCGACCUCCUCGUCGGCGCCGGCGUGCCCCAGUCCAAGAUGAACUGGCUGGCCUUCACAGACAGCGACCACAGCAUCGUCUACAACGGCGCCAACAUCUGGCUGUAUAAGUACAUGACCGAGGCCCUUUUCAGGGAGAAGCGCCGCUCCGGCGACAAGCUGGUCCAUCAAUGGAGCAAGAAGAGCGACGUAGACACGUUCAACUUUGAAAGGUCGUAG